AUGGAAAAUCUAAAUACUGAGGAAAUAAACCAUGAUUCUUUAUCUGACACAUAUACUUUAACUAAUGAAAGUGUCCAAUUACCAGAAAUUGAUUUUUUACUAUAUAAGAUAAGGAAUAAGUUAUCUGAAUCUUUCUCAGAUAUGAGUUCUCAAUUAUAUAAACAGGAAGUUAUGGAUGUUACAUCUAAUUUAGAAAAAUAUCAAGAACAACCAUAUUUAUUAGAUAAGUAUUUGGAAAAUACAUGUUUACCUUUAACUAAUCGGUUAUAUUUGGAAUUAAUCAGUUUAGCACAAGUUCUUCACAAACAAGUACUAGAAUCCUGUAGAUUAACUGAAGUAAAUUUUAAGAAUCCUAAUAUUGAUGAAUUAAUAAAUUAUAAUUUAUAUCAUCUUUCAUAUUGUAUAUAUAUAUUGUGUAAAAUACGUGGUUUAAAGAUUAUUUCAUUAUAUUUUCCACAAGAUGUUAAGUGUCUUGAAAUAGUUAUAGAUUUUUUAACAAUUAUAAACCAAGCAGACAAUGACACGAUUUAUAAGGAAGAUUAUGAAUAUAAUAUAAAGUGGUAUUUAAUAUAUGUACUAUAUAUAUGGCUAACAGUAUUAGUUCUUACUCCUUUUCCUCUUAAUAUCCUUGAUUCAAAGUAUACAAUAAAUUCAAAGUUAGAAUUAUUUAAUAGAUUACUUAGUAUAAUAAUUCCAAAAAUAGUAAGUUGUAAUGCUUGUAUUACAAAAGAAGUUGCAGCUCUUGUAUUUGCAAAGAUUGUUUGUAGAAAUGAUUUUAUUAAUUUAUGGGAUGAAAAUAACAAACAAUAUUGCAAUUACUAUCAUAAUAUUAUUAGUAAUGCAAUACUCAAGGAUUCAAAUACUAAUGUGCUUUUAACAUUUAAAUAUAUGUUGAAGAUUGCUCCAUUCGAAAAUAUAGAAAUAUUUAUUCCUUAUAUUAAGAAUUUUUUAGAAUGGGAUAAAGAAAAUUUACAAACAUCAAUUUCAUCAACUUGUUCUACAAAAUAUACAAAAUAUAGAUUAACUUGUACUUCUAGAUUAAUAAUAAGGCUAUAUCAAAAUAUGCAAGAUAUAAAUCAACGCAAAUAUUUAUUUGAUGUAAUACCACGUACAAUUAAAAAUAUAUUAAGUGAUUGUUAUAAUAGUUCGAAUACAAUUAGAUUCAUAGCUGCAAAGAAUUUGGCUAAAAUUCUUAAAUGUAUAUCCAAUGAAGAUGAAUUCAAUAAUAUUAUUAAUAAUAUCCUAUCAAUGUUAGUUAACUAUAAUGAUGAUAUAGAGAAUAUAUUUAGCCAUAAUUCAGGUGAUCUGACUGUAGACGAUCCUAGAAUAAACUUAUGUACUAUACAGUCAUCAGAAAAAGAUACAAUUAGCACAGGGAAUUUUAAAGAAGUUGGAAAUUUAGAAACUGCAACUUCUAAUAUUAAUGAUUCAAAUAAUUAUAAAAGAAAAUUAGCAAUAUAUUCGUCAAAAUCUGCCUAUAUAUUACAUGGGAAGUGCUUAGCACUAGCUGAGAUCAUUAGAAAUAAUGUACUACAACUUAAUUUACAAUAUAUGAAAGAUAUUAUUGAAAUACUAAGACAAUGCUUAGAGUAUGAGUUUUGGUUAUCUAAUAGGUCAAUUAGUAGUCAAAUAAGAGAUUCAGCUUGUUAUAUAGUAUGGAAUAUUGCUAGAUAUUAUAAUCCAGAUAUAGUUAAACCAUAUAUUCAAGAUUUAAUCAAUUGCUUAAUACCAUUAACUGUCUAUGAUACUAAUAUUAAUGUUAGAAGAGCUUCUUGUGCAGCUUUACAAGAACUUAUUGGACGUCAAGGUGCAAACUAUAUAUUAUUUGGAAUAUCUAUUGUAACUAUUGCAGAUUUUUUCAGUAUAUCAUCAAUUAAAUCUUCAUUUUUGAUUGUUUCUAAGAAGCUAGCUGAACUUUCACCAAAUCCAAGAACUAAUAUUACAUUAUAUGAUCAAAAUUCCAAUAUAAUUAAUGAUAAUAAUACUUAUACAUUUUCUGUUAUAUUGAUUAAAUAUUUACUUAAAAAUGUAUUUGUGAAUCCAAAUCCUAAAUAUCGAUUACUAGGACUUUAUUCAUUUGUUGAACUAGUUCCAUACGCAAGAUAUUACUGUUAUAAAAUUAUUUUACCACAUAUUCUUAAUAUUUCCAAAAAAGAUUUUGAAGUUGAGGCAUCAUAUGAUGAUAACAAUCCAAUAAAUAGACAAUGGACUAUAAUUGUUAUUGCAAUACUUAUUAAACUUACUAGAAAUUUAACAAAAAACUUUUUUAAUGAAAUAAUUGAUAAAGAUAUAGCAUUAAAGUAUAAUGUAAAUAAUUGGAGUGAUGUUGUUAGAAAUAUUGUGGUACAAAUUGAAAAGAAACAUUUAUAUAGAGGAAAAGGUGGUGAAUUAACUAGGAAGGCAAAUUUGUAUUUGAUUGUUUCUUUAGCUGAAUCAUUUGAAACAAUUCCAUUUAAAAAGGCUACAUUUACAAGAUAUAUUAAAAUUGUUUCAGAUGGUCUCAAACAUCUAACUUUAUCUGUUCAGAUGUCUGCAUUAUCAGCACUAGAAGCCCUAAUUAGAUGGAGAAUAAAUUUUAAUGAUUUAAAUGAACAAAUAAGCUAUCUUCCUAAUAUUGAAUGUUUACUAGAUGAAAUAAUAGAAUAUAUUAAUAAAAAAUCUACUCAUAUUGUUGCUAUUAGAGGCUAUAUUUUAGCAAUUGGUAUUAUAGUUUCACAACUUUUCAAUCAAAUAAAUAUUGAACUACUUAAGAGAUCAAUCAAUUGUUUGAUUAAUAUAUUUUCUUUUCAACUAAAAAAUAGAAUUCUUUGCGACAAUUCAAGAAUAUUUAUAAAUUCUAGUAGUUUUGAUGCUGAAUGUAGAAGGAAUUCUAUACUUUCUAUUGGUAUUAUAUUUUCGAAUAUAAGUGAAUCCAUUUUAAAUCACCUUAAUGAUAUACUUGGAAUUAUUUCAUCUAUAUUGUUAAAUGGGUGUCUAGAUUAUUCUAUCGAUAAAAGAGGUGAUAUUGGAUCUUGGAUUAGAGAAAUUUCCUUAGAAGUUUUCACCUUAUUAUAUAAAAAUCCAAUUAUGAAUAAAUUUAUUAAAAAAAAUCAUGUAUUAUAUUCUUUCCUGUUUAAUAUUUUUAAUCAUUCAGAUAAAAUUAGAGUUAAAGCUUUACUACUUUUUUGGAGAAUCCUUUCAAGAGAUGAAUACAAUCAACCUUUUACCUACUUGAAUCCAUACUGGUUUUAUUAUCGUAUAUUUUAUGGAAUUCCAUAUGAGUUAUUUGAAGUGCAACUCAUAAAAAAAUAUAAUUUAGUGAUAAGUAAUAGUAAUAAUUCUCAUUUUAAGGAAAGCUUAAAAUUUAUAGAUUUAAAAGAAGCUUAUACCAAAAUUAUAUCAAAUGAAAGAAUAAAUCAAGCUUGUGAAUAUAACUCUUUGGAAUCUUUUUUUACAGAUAAAGAAAAUACUUUUAAUUGCUCAUGUAUUUAUUUUGAUCAAAUAGAUUGUAUAAAAAAAUUACCUGAACUCCUUCUUCCAUACAUAAAUUUUGAUAAGCACUUUAUAAUAGAUCAUAUGAGCAGAAAUAUUCAGAUAUCAAACUUUUCCAAUAUUUCUCUCGUUUGCAAAGAGUUUCUUCCUAUUUUGAAUCAUAAUUUGUUUAGAUACCCUAUUUUAAUAGGUCUGCUUAAUUGGAUUAAUCAUUCAUCUACUACUCUACCCUCAUCAAAUAUUGCAAAAAAUGAAUUUUUAUAUUAUAUGAUGCAUUCAAAUAAUUCAGAUGAAAUAGUACAGAAUAUUUUUAUUGAUUUAAAGUUAAUUUUGACAUAUUUUUUAGAGAUUGAGUCUUUAAAUAAAUUGGAUUUUAUUUAUAUAUCUUCAAUAUCUAAACUUGUUCAAUUUUUCCUUGAAUGGGAAUUUGUAAAAAUAAAUCACUCUAACAUUCUUUUAGAAAUUAUAAAUAUUCUUAAACAAAAUCUGGAAAAUACCAGUGAUAUUUUAUUGCUAAAAUCUUUAUCUUCAACUUUUAUUUCAAUAUUGUUUUAUCCAGAAAUACUUGACAAUAGUAUGAUUACUUGUGCUUUAAAUACAACAAUUAAAAUUUUAACUUGUGAGUAUCCCUGUCUUCGUAUUUAUGCUUCAGAAUCUAUUUAUAAGGGUAUAUACUCAAAUAAUGAAAAUUAUAGUGAAGAUUUAUCUAUACUAAUUACUAACACAUCUUGGAAUCGAACUUUUUUAAAAGAUGAACUCAUUCAGAUAGGUAAAGAAUUUGAAAGACAUUAUUAUAAGUGGAGAAAUAUAUAA